AUGGAGCGUUCAAAGCUGUUGGGUUUUGUGGUCUUGAUAUGCUUUACUAUUCCAACGAUAUCAUGUUCUUCGGACAGACUGUUUAGUGGUUGGCCGAAGUCUAGCAGCGAUGAAAAUGUAAAAAUAAGGGUGAAUAUGACGCGCACAUCAGAGAGAGAGUUGGGUUUUUCUGAGAGAUUGGGUUUGGCUGUGGAUCGAAGUAAGAAGCGAAUGAAGAAGAUAGAGGCAUUGAUAAGAGGGCAAUUAGACGCUGAAACGCCCGUUGAAGUAGGGGAUGGAGAAUUUCUGAUGAGCGUUGUACUGGGAACGCCCUCUGUGAGCUUCGAAGCGAUUGUGGACACGGGGAGCGAUCUGAUUUGGACUCAGUGCAAGCCUUGCAAGGACUGCUUCUCUCAGCCUACGCCAAUCUUCGACCCCUCCAAGUCCCCCACAUUUUCCACAAUUCCCUGCGGUGAUUCUCUUUGUGCCGCCUUGGGGAGUACACAAACCGGAUGCAAUCCAGAUUGUACCUUUAUGUAUCAGUAUGGCGAUGGUUCCUUCACCAGCGGCGACCUGGCUUACGAGACAUUGUCAAUUGGGAGCAGCAAGGUUAAAGGCAUUGCAUUUGGAUGCGGGCAUGACAACGAAGGACAAGGAUUCUCUCAGGGUGGUGGCCUUGUGGGACUGGGAAGAGGUGGUCUCUCCCUUAUCUCACAGCUGGGUUCCAAAGCAGAGAACAUGUUCUCUUACUGUCUUUUGCCCAUCACCGACUCUUCUUCACAAACCAGCCCCCUCUUUUUCGGCGAGGGAAUCACCCUCAAUGGUAAGGCACUAGAUAUUCCUCCUGGAACUUUCGAUCUGCAAUCGGACGGCAGCGGAGGUAUGAUCAUCGACUCCGGAACCACUGUUACCAUUCUGGACCAGGCUGCCUACUCUCCUCUUAAGGAAGCAAUUCAGUCCGCCAUUGAUCUCACUCCUGUAGACGGGUCUUCUACAGGUUUGGAUCUUUGUUACCACACAUCAUCCGCUCACCUCACCUUGCCAACCCUCGUCUUCAACUUCAAAGGCGGCGUGGAUUACGAGCUUCCGGCAGACAACUUUUUCAUUCAGGCAUCUGAAAAUCUCUUGUGCCUGGCAAUGUUGGGUGAACCAUCGGGGAAUCCUUCCAUCUUCGGAAACAUACAGCAGCAAAACUUCCAUAUCCUUUACAACAAUGCUCAGAACACGCUCUCUUUCAAGCCCACUAAGUGUGAUUCUCUUUAA